AUGGCACAGAAAAGCUCUGCAGACAGCAAGACUGACCUCCCCUACAGCAACCUGGUCUCUGAGGUGAACAGGCGUAGAGAUGCCAUGGUCAUGAGAGAUGAAAUGAUCACCAAGAAAAGUGAUGAAGAUAGGAAAACACCCACCCAAGAACCUUCUCCCAUCAAGGCUGAGCUCAAGGUGCCUCCUGCCCCACCUCCUUCUCCAGCUGAUUCUGAAGACUCUUAA